AUGAUUUUAGAAGCAUUUCAAUUUCUGGUUCAUGCUCUAUAUUUGGCCUUAAGUUACUUGAUUCCAAUUUCAAUGGCAGGUGGAGCUUAUGCAUCAAAUGACAAAACAAAGAUGAGCAGAUGGCUGAUACAUUUUUUGCUUAUCAAUAUUUUGAAUCAGACUUUGUUUCCAAUCUUGGCAUUUAUUGGAUUGUGUAUUAAAAAUUAGUAACAAUUUCAUAGAGACAAUGAAUGA